CCAAGCACCGUCGGCGCCGACGCCAUUUUGUCCGCCUCAGCUGGCGGGAAGAUGAGGCGGGGAAAGGCGCUCCGUCGCCUGAGGGAAAGCUCUGCUUGUUGACGGUCGUCCACCGCCCCCCCACCCCGUGAGGGGCCCCGAAGGCCUCUGAGGCGGGAUGGAGCCCACGGGGCCUCGGGGCCCGGUUGGAGUCGUCUCCGGCCCGACUGCGGGGCAACCCCGGGAGUACAAACUGGUGAUGUUGGGCGCCGGCGGGGUCGGCAAAAGCGCCAUGACCAUGCAGUUCAUCAGUCAUCGUUUCCCAGAAGACCACGAUCCCACGAUCGAGGAUGCUUACAAAAUGCGGAUCCGGAUUGAUGACGAACCUGCUAAUCUGGAUAUUUUGGACACUGCAGGCCAGGCCGAAUUCACUGCUAUGAGAGAUCAGUACAUGCGAGCUGGCGAGGGGUUUAUUAUCUGUUACUCCAUCACGGACCGCCGAAGUUUUCACGAAGUCCGGGAGUUUAAACAGCUCAUCUACCGUGUGCGGCGUACAGACGAGACUCCGGUGGUUCUCGUCGGCAACAAGUCUGACCUAACUCAACUCAGGCAGGUCUCCAAGGACGAAGGCUCGGCGUUGGCCCAAGAGUUCGGCUGCCCCUUUUUCGAGACCUCCGCCGCCUUCCGCUACUUCAUCGACGACGUCUUCCACACCCUCGUCCGCGAAAUCCGGAGGAAGGAGAAGGAAAUCGUCAUGGCGUUGGAGAAGAAGUCGAAGCCGCGUCCGAGCGUUUGGAAAACCUUGAAAUCUCCCUUCCGCAAGAAGAAAAAUUCCAUAACCUGAAACCCCCUCCUCUCCUCUCCUCUCCUCUCCUCUCCCUCCCCCCUCCCACCAAAUGGCCAGAGGGAGCUCUGCAGAGAGAGAGGCAAAUCUGCCCUCCAGCUUUUGAACUCUCUCUCUCUCUCUCUCUCUGCUGAGUGAGUGUGUAAACAGAACUCCUGAUCUGUGCCAAAAAAAAUCCCAGAAGGCCGUUCUUCUGCAAAAUAAUUUUUCCUCCUUGCACCGAGCGACACACGGCCUCGUCUGCUUGCAAUUUCUGCCUACCCAGCUGGAGCAGCCUUUGCCGAGAAAGCAAUGGACUUUGAAACAAGCCAACCACCUUUGCGAACAAGCCAUUGUUUCUGUGCCUCGAGAGGGAGAACCGACCAUUUAGAAGCAGUCCAAAUCCUGUAGCCCAGGGGUCUGCAACCUUAAACGCUCAAAGAGCCAUUGGGACCCGUUUCCCACAGAAAAGAAAACACCGGGAGCCACAAAACUUUUCCCGUGCCUGACUAUUCCUUGAGUGGCCACAAAACUAGCAUAUGUAGUUGAAAUUAAAUGUUCUGUUUUCUUCUGAAUUGGAUUUAUCCGUGGUUGGCCUAUGGGGGUUGAAAAGCUCAAUAAAUCGCGUGCCGGCGGAUGUCACACAUUGGCGGUUGUGACGCAUAUUUUGAGUGACAAGGAGCCGCGGCAGAGGGAUGAAAGAGCCACAUGCGGCUGCUGACCCCUGCUUUAGCCUGUGGGGUGAGGUGAAGGGAGGCAGACGGGAUACACCAUAAAACCAGGUUUUUAAUUUCCACUCGGGGUACGGGAUGCAAACGGGCCUGGUUGCUGUGAGGAGCAACUACACAGCUUCUUUUAACUUCCGAAAUUCUGCUGUAGCAUCUGUUUCUCGAGCUGCCUCUUUCGCGAAAGAGCGCUGCUCCCCUCUUUUCAGCCCUUGUGCACGGCAUCCUCAAAAAAGCUAGGGAUGCCAUUGCAAAAAUAGGAACGUCGUAGCUUACACCACUUUUAACAGAAGAACAGAGUUGGAAGAGACCUCAGAGGUCUUCUAGUCCAACCCCCUGCUCAAGCAGGAAACAGACAAUUAAAGCUGCAAGGCCCCCACUGCCAUCCUGGGGGAGUUGUUUAUUCGUCUUUAUAUUGCUUGUGUAAAGGUUAUAGGUGAUUUAAGGCAGGGAGAAUGUCCAGGAAUAAUUUUAGUCAGAUUCCUUCACUUUGGCGAGAGCAAAGGGAGAGAGAGAGAGAGAGAGAGCGAAAGUGGUCGGAUUGGGGUCGCGCUCCGAGAAAUGGUGGGAAGGGAUGCUGAGAGGCAAUAAGGGGACGUGAAUUGGAGGUGUAAAGUUGUAGCAUGCUAUAAGAGCAAGUGGUAAAUUGAAUUUGGGAGAUGAGUUGGGAAAGCGAGAGUGGUGAGGUAUUUACUUCACUUGUGCGAAGACCAGGGUCAAAUUUUGUAGCGUAACUUCACACAAGGCAUGUUGGUUAGUAAGAGUACCGAGUUUUUGGCCAUGCUGAGCCAAAGGGGCCAAUCUGCUUUUAUUAAUUAAAAGAGUUUGGGUCCGGGGUGUUUUGUUUUUUUUUCUUUUCUUCCUGGGCUGCCUUGUGGAUGGACCCCAAAAAUGGAGUCCGCAUGAAUGAAUUAUGGAGAUUUUGAUAGGCUUGCAGGUGGAAUGAGGGAGGUUCACCUAGAAAUAGAAAACUGUGAAUAAGGUCCUUGGUGUGUGUCUCAGAGGUCGUGGAAUUCCACCCCCCCUCGCUCUCUUAAAUUUUGUGACCUUGACAAAAAAAAACACAACCUGCUUUAAAUUGAAUUAACUCUUUAAACAGAGGGCUUUCCUGUCUGCCUGUCAGGUCUGAGUCUUUCUGUUUUAAUAGCCAUGACACGUUCCUUGGGCAAUUUUUACAAAGUGUUUGUAAUGGUUGUGUGUGGUUUACAAGGAGUCAGGAAAUAGGACAGUCCCUUGCCAAGUUUAAAGAACGAGAGAAAAUAAUGGAAGCUUUUUUUUUUUUUUUUUACUUUUCCUAAGAGAUUGAAGAAGCCUUAGAAAUUUCUUCUCGGUAAAUUUUUAAUGAUGUUGGAUUUUCAAAUGUUACCGAUUAUAGUGUUUGAUAUACAUACGUAUUUAUAGACUCUGAGAAACUUGGUAGUGGGGGAACAGGAAUAUCACAUUCCAUUUAGCAAGAGUUAUUUUUGAAUGUAUUUUAUUGACUGUAGCAAUAUACAGUGUAUUUAAAAUUAGUAAAUUAAAUGUUAUGAACAAUGCUGGAUACUUUCCAUAGCUAUUAAUUUAGAAGCAGAAUAAAUCUAAUUUUAAUUUUUAUAUUAUCACAUAACUGUAUAACAUGAUAGAUACAUCGGGGGGGGGGGUUUAAGAGUAGUUUCAGGGUAAAUAACAUCGCUAACAUUUGUGGCCGAAGGAGUCACAAUUUCAGUUCUGUUUGGUUUUUACUUUUCAAGUUCUCAUUCCAGAAAAAAAAAAUGACUUGAAGCAAGAAUUCAUUGUAAGGAAUUCAAAGCCUGCUGUUUAAGCCAAAAUUUAAAGCAUUUUUUUUAAAAAAAAGCAGCUUUCUUAAUUUGUGCCUUAGCAGAAUUCAGUAUUUUGUGGUGCUAAUGGUGAAAUCUUUUUUUUUUUCUAGCAUGAUUACAUCUGAAUAUUAAGCACUUUCUUUGGACACAAUUCCUGUCUUUUUAUGGUUCACAUAUAUAUUGCACUUGAUACAAUAAAUAUUUUUUUAAGCCUUC